AUGGCAGCGUUUGCUAUGAACCUGGGAAUUUGCUCUAUUACCAGGGCAGAGUUGAGAGGCGCUGUUGAAGGGCUUCAACUGGCUUGGGACAUGGGUUACAGACAUGUCCGCAUGGAUCUUGAUUCCCGAUGUGCUAUUCAGCUGAUUCAGGGAGAGGAUACUGCAGACCACCAGCACGCGGCGGUCAUCGACCGUUUCCAUGAGCUGCUUCGGCGUGACUGGGAUGUCAAAGUUUCCCAUAUCUAUAGAGAGGGGAACAAGAGCGCCGACUACCUUGCUUCUAGAGGUCAUAAGCUGGACAUUGGAUUUCAUUUUGUACCGGUUACUGAUCCUGCUUUAUGGUUUUAUCUCCUGUAUGACAUUGAAGGGGUUUCCGAAUCCCGGCUGGUUUUGAAUGAAGGUUAG